AUGUCGCAACUCGAACGUGUCGGUGCUAGUGGCUCUUACAUCAAUCGAAGAGAAGUUACUAAACGUUUUCGUGUACCACCCGGAUCAUACAUUAUCAUACCCAGUACAUAUGAUAGCGAUAAACCAGGCAAAUUUCUCUUGAGAAUGUUCACUGAAAAACAAGCCGAUCAAGCUCAACUUGAUCAAGAUAAAGAAGAACUGACGGAAGCUGAUGUCUUCUUUCAAGACGAAAACGUCGAUAGUUUAUUCGGUGAAUGGUCGAAUCUAUUAGGUCCAAUUGAUGAUGAAUCUGCACCUGUACCAAUCAAUCCCGAUAUCGGUGGCGUAUUCCCAAGUCCACAUCCUGAAUUACCCAGCAAUUACGAUGGCGGCGAAUUUGAUGAAGAUCAAAUGUAUCCUCAAAAACGCUUCUGCUCAAUAAUGUGA